CUUAAUUAGCAAGCUUUAAUCCUUUAAUUAACUUUGCUACAGGAACAGUCUCUUAAAUUCAUGGUGUUCGUAUUAAAAAUUUAGCUUAGAGUGUUACUGACGAAGUUCUUUUAAAAAUAUUCCUUUCAUAAAACUUAAUGUCAAACAUAACAUCUUUCAAAGUUGACAGACACAAAAACACAAAAGAGUCUUUUGGAACAGCUUUUGCAUUUUUUAAAGAUUAAGAUUCAGCUGUAGAUGCUCGUCGUAAAUUAAUAGGAUAAAAGAUCCACAACUAAGAAAUUAAUGUAAUUAUGAUUAUGAAGCCUGAAGAAUUAAAGUUAAUGAAUGAAUGUAAUAUUUAUUUGAAGUAACUUCCCCAUUCUAUGGCUCUUUCUGGAUUGAACUAAGCUUUUGAAUAAUUAGGACUUGUUACAAGUUGCAAAAUAGUAGUAAAGGAUGGACUAACUUUUGGUUAUGUCUAAUUCAAAAACUCUUCUGAUGCUCAAAGAGCCUGCUCGGAAGGAGUUAAACAUUAAGAUUAAACCCUUAUGCCAACAUUCCUUAAAAGAGAAAAAUAAUAAUAACCUGAAUUCGGUAAAAUGUCUAAUAAUGUCAUUUUAUAAUUCAGAUACCCCCUUUUGGCUUAUUCUUCAGAGUAAUAUGUAACUUUUCUUAAAUAAUCAGUAGCUAUUUAUACUUAAUCACAUAUUACUUCAGUAUUUGUUUGGGGAGGACUUGGCAAAGAUAAAGAAUCAGAAGAAGAAUAAGGAAACAAUUGCUUCUAACAUGCUUAAUGCUUCAGAGAAAAAAAAUGUGUAACCGAAAAAGGAGACAUAAAUUAAUGUUGUUACGAGAUUCAUUUUGUCUAAAAAAAAGCCGGAUGUUCAUAUUUACACAAAGCUUAAUCUCGUGCUUUUUGUUGUUUCUUAAAUGCCAAUGAUGCAAAUAAUUUCAUGAGUAAUUUUUUUUAGGACAAAGAGAAAAAUGUUUCAUCUCUUCCUGAAAUAUUAUAAGAUGUUGAAUAUGUAAUUCCUCAUAAUAGGGCAGCUAAGCAAGAAAUCAAGCAAAAACUUCUUAAGCACUUUAAAUAAAGUAAUUAUAUUUACUUGAAGAAUCUUAAAAGUGACGUUUCAGAAUAAACACUAAGAGAAAUAAUUGAAAAAGAAGUCGGAACAUAAGUUUAGUCAAUUCGUUUAUCCCGUCCUUCUUAAGAAGACUACAUGAACGAAAAUAAAUAAACAAGUUAAUAUGCUACCCUUAUAUUAAAAGAUGGUCCUACAGUAUAAAAAUUCUUGGAAGACUUCAAGAAAAACCAAGACUUAAGAAGCAAAUUUUCUACUAUAUAUAAUGGAGAUUAUAAAUACAUGAGUAAACUACUUCCAAAAUAUGAACAUAAAAUUAAACUUAAAGAAUCUUUUGAAAAUAAAAAAACAAAAAUCGCUAAUCAUAGCCACCUUAAUUCUUGCAAUUUUAAUAAGGACACAAAGGUUAAUUCUUACCUUUUGUAGGUUUUGCUCCUCGUUAAUUUGCUAUGUAAUUAAUGGGUAAUAAUAAUAUGCCCAGACUUCCUACUUAAAUGAUGGGUUUCAACUAAAAUAGAUAAUAAUAACCUUAAUAAUAAUAGUACUAAUAAACAUUACAGCCCAACUUUAUGAUGCAAAAUAACUAAUAAUUUAGAAAUAAUUAAAAU